AUGGGAUCCUACGAAUCAUGCAAGGCAUCAGAAGGAGAUGUUAAUGUUAGGAGAGCUUUCCGGCUAGAAGACUCUCAGAAGGGGCGUGGUGUCCCCAUUUACGAGCUAUCUUGCGAACAGAACCAAUUAUUAAUGCUUUUGAAAUCUGGGAGGUAUAAUGUUGUGUUCAUUAAUUAUAAGAAUAGUACGAUCCGAGUGAGGGAUACUCGUGUGGUAGAGUCGGAUCACCCUUCCUUGCCUGGCUAUUCUUUAACAGACUUAAACUUCAGCUAUUGGGACGAUCCAUAUAGCCCCACCAUUAUUCCAUCCGUUUUCGAUGGUGUUUAUGUGGAACUUGAAUCGAAUCAACUGACAAGAGUAUGA